GGCCGGGGGAACCAGUUGGCUGAGGCACCGGACGUCGCGGCUGUGGCUGUCGGGCGGCGAAGCUGGAGCGGCGGUGGCGGCGGCGGCGGGAGGCCGGGGCUGAAGCUGGGGCCGGGGCUGCUAGGCCCGUGGGGAGGAAGGCGGCGACGACGGCCGGGGGCUUGAGCCCGGACGCGGGAGCGGCCGCCAUGGCCGACAGCAUCAUCAUCCGCGUGCAGUCCCCAGAUGGCGUGAAGCGGAUCACGGCGACGAAGAGAGAGACGGCGGCCAUGUUUCUGAAGAAGGUGGCGAAGGAGUUUGGCUUCCAGAACAACGGCUUCUCGGUUUACAUCAACAGAAACAAGACUGGAGAGAUCACCGCAGCCUCCAACAAGUCCCUCAACCUGCUGAAGAUCAAGCACGGCGACCUGCUGUUCCUGUUCCCCUCGAGCCGCGCCGGGCCCUCCUCGGACAUGGACACGGGCGCCCCGCCGAGGUCCCGGGCUUCCGGCGCGCCCCCCGUGGUGGAGGACGAGAUCGAUCAGUACCUGAGCCGGCAGGAUGGGAAGAUCUACCGCAGCCGCGACCCGCAGCUGUGCCGCCACGGCCCGCUGGGGAAGUGCGUGCACUGCGUCCCUCUGGAGCCAUUCGACGAGGACUACCUGCACCACCUGGAGCCGCCCGUGAAGCACAUGUCCUUCCACGCCUACAUCCGCAAGCUGACCGGCGGGGCCGACAAGGGGAAGUUUGUCGCCCUGGAGAACAUCAGCUGCAAGAUUAAGUCGGGGUGUGAGGGGCACCUGCCGUGGCCCAACGGCAUCUGCACCAAGUGCCAGCCCAGCGCCAUCACGCUGAACAGACAGAAGUACAGGCACGUGGACAACAUCAUGUUCGAGAACCACACGGUGGCCGACCGCUUCCUGGACUUCUGGAGGAAGACGGGCAGCCAGCACUUCGGGUACCUGUACGGCCGCUACACGGAGCACAAGGACAUCCCCCUGGGCAUCCGGGCCGAGGUGGCCGCCAUCUACGAGCCCCCCCAGAUCGGGACACAGAACAGUCUGGAGCUGCUCGAGGACCCGAAAGCCGAGGUGGUGGACGAGAUCGCUGCCAAACUCGGCCUGAGGAAGGUGGGCUGGAUAUUCACAGACCUGGUCUCGGAGGACACGCGCAAGGGGACGGUCCGGUACAGCCGCAACAAGGACACCUACUUCCUGAGCGCGGAGGAGUGCAUCACCGCGGGCGACUUCCAGAACAAGCACCCCAACGUCUGCCGGCUCUCCCCGGACGGCCACUUCGGGUCCAAGUUCGUCACCGCGGUGGCCACAGGUGGCCCCGACAACCAGGUGCACUUCGAGGGCUACCAGGUGUCCAACCAGUGCAUGGCGCUGGUCCGGGACGAGUGCCUGCUGCCCUGCAAGGACGCCCCCGAGCUCGGCUACGCCAAGGAGUCCAGCAGCGAGCAGUACGUGCCCGAUGUGUUUUAUAAGGACAUAGACAAGUUCGGCAACGAGAUCACCCAGCUGGCCCGCCCGCUGCCCGUGGAGUAUCUGAUCAUCGACAUCACGACGACUUUCCCCAAGGACCCCGUUCACACGUUUUCUACUUCGCAAAACCCGUUCCCCAUCGAGAACCGGGACGUGCUGGGUGAGACACAGGACUUCCACAGCCUGGCCACCUACCUGUCGCAGAAUACCUCCUCCAUGUUCCUGGACACCGUAGCCGACUUCCACCUGCUGCUCUUCCUGGUCACCAACGAAGUCAUGCCUCUGCAGGACAGCAUCAGCCUCCUGCUGGAGGCCGUGCGGACCAGGGACGAGGAGCUGGCGCAGACGUGGAAGAAGUCCGAGCAGUGGGCCACCAUCGAGCAGCUCUGCAGCACCGUCGGGGUGCAGCUUCCGGGCCUCCAGGAGUACGGAGCCGUCGGGGGCUCCUCGCACGCCACCGCGGCCGCCAUGUGGGCCUGUGAGCACUGCACCUUCAUGAACCAGCCGGGCACCGGCCACUGCGAGAUGUGCAGCCUCCCCAGGACCUAGUGCCACCCCAGCCCUCUCUGACGCAGGGUCGUGGAGCCGUGCCCCACGGUGGGCAGCCCUGGAGGGCAGGGCAGGGGGCCUGCCCUGGGGCCUCUGGCUCCCGAAGCCUCGGCACCAGGCUUCCCUGAAGAACGGAGUCGGGCCGGGGCUCUCCGGCCGAACCCAGGCUCCUCGUGGAGGAGCAGGGCAGCCCCACGGGCGCCUCGAUGUGUCCGCCUGCGGAGAAGGGCGGGGUGCUUGCUGUGGCCACCGGCCCCCCCUCCUCUGGAUGCCGUUAGUUCUUGCCCUCCCCUGGCUGUGGGCGGGGCUCUCGCUGGCCUCUGUGCCCUGCUGCCCUGGGGCAGAGCCUGCCUGCAGGGGCAACUUCUCCCCUUUCGGUAGCCAGCGUCCGGUGGCUGCGCGAGUGGCCACGGGCCAGCCGGCCUCCGUCUGCUUGGUCUGCAGUUUCCUCGCCACCCACCCCUGUCCUGCUCUCAGCCGACGUCCAGGUGGGACCGUGGAGUCGGCGCCGGUUGUAACAACAGUUAUCAGUGAUCCCCGCCCCGGAGACUUCUAUUUAUUUUUUUCUGAGAUAAAAGCUGCAUCAAAGGGGAGUGAGAGAGACUAGUUCCACUUCUUCCCUCCAGUGCACCCCUGUGGGCGUGUGCAGGGUGGGAGGGAGGGUGGGGCCCUCAGUCAGGUCUCCUUGGGAGUGAACCUCAGUGCCUGAGACUCUUCUGCCUGACCUCGUGGCCGCGGGGGCCACAGAAACGAGCUCCUGGCCCGGGGCAGAGCGGUGGCUCCAGCCGGGCGGAGGCUGCUGGCCGGGUUGCACGGGGUGAGCUGGGUUGUCUGGGACUGGAAGCUCUGGGCCCUUUGCCCCCCCGCACAGUCCUGCCCUCCCCGGCCUCUGCACAGUGGCAUGGCCACUGAGGGCCCUGUGGUGAGGUCACGGGGGCGGGGGUUGGAAGGUCACUGCUGUGCCGAUGGUGAGUCCGGCCAUCCCAGGACAGAGGCCGUGCGCUGUGGGGUCCCCACAUGUCCUCUGUGGCUGGGCCCUGCCCCGGGCGCCUGUGGGCGUGCUGACGCCUCUUUGCCUUAACAAGAGCCCGGCUUCUGAGCCGCUCCGCAGGAGAGGCCGGUCCAGACCGGCUGCCGAGGGCCCUCACUGCCUGCUGGGGGCCGGGCCAGCCCGUGGGCCCCUCCUCCUCAGGCUGUGCACAAGAGCGGUCGGGCAUCGGCCUUGGUGGCCGCAAGAGCACUGCUGGGCACCUCCAGGUCCCGCAGUGUAGACCUGUCUGCUCUCGGUGACAGGAGCCAGUCGGCCUGGUCUGGCCGGGGCGGCCCAUCCAAAGCACAGCCACCUACAGAGGACUCUGGUUGUGCCCCUAGCAAGCGCAUUGGCCAGAGCUCCGGACCCUGAGGUCCGGCCCGGCCCCCGGACGCGAGGCUGCGGGCCACCCUGCGCUCCGCUGCGCUCCUUGGACCUGGCCCCCAGGGGCGCCUCGGCGAGCUCCCGCCCUCUCCACCGCAGCCCCUGCCCACCGCGGCCCCCUCGCUGCCCAGCCCCGGCGCCCACACACCUCGUUUGUCUCCGUCUGUCUUCUAGCGAAAGAAAAAGCGUUGUGACUUCUCCGCUCUG